UUUACGGAAACUGGAGAACCCCGCCCCUCUGGUAUAGAUAUUUUCCUAAACGACCAGUUCCGAGAUGUUAUUACGGACCAUCUCCGGAGUUGGUAGCUUUUGAAUUCGGUCUCCUAGCUCAGAGGUAGUAGCGUUGUCACAGGGAGCUUCUUCCAUGGUGUAACAUUCGGAAGGUAGCGCGUGGCCAUUCAUAAAAGUUCCCGGGAUUGGAACGUUGUGUCGCCCAGUGGAUCGCGUGCCGCAUUGUAACCAUGUCCCAGCUGAUCGCGCUGGCUCGCUGCGGAAGCUGCGCCCGGUCUGCCCUCGCCCCCGUUGCAGCGCACCAGCGAACCGGCUCCUUGCUCGUUGCCGGCGGAGCCGCCGCAAGCCGGCGCCUUUGCGGCGUGCGAUGGCUCAGCCGGCACGGCGUUCGGAAGUUCGGCCUGGGAGAUGCUUUUUGUACGGGCCUGCUGGUCGGCGGCGCCGUGCUGAUCGGGGUCACCGCCGCCGGCGUUGGGCUCACCCGCCAGCGGGCAGUGAUGGCAGCGGAACGCUGGCACGGAGGUGUCGAGCGGGAUCAGCAGGCGCGGGAUGAAAUAUUGCGAAAAUGCAAACACUUCAUGUCGGAUCCGGUGACCGACAUCAACCAGUUGCUGGAAAAUAAGGAGGACAUGAGGACUAAGAUGGAGUUGCUGAUAUUGGAUGUUCAGGCUGAUGUUUGCAAAGCCUUGGCUGAAGUUGACGGCGGUCAGACCUUCAAAGUCGACCGAUGGCACCGUAAGGAAGGUGGUGGUGGUAUAAGCUGUGUACUUCAAGAUGGCAAAGUGUUUGAGAAAGCUGGGGUGAAUGUUUCUGUUGUAUUUGGUAACCUUUCGGAGGAAGCUGCUAAGCAGAUGAGAAGCAGAGGAAAGUCAUUGAAAUCUAAAGACGGGCAACUACCUUUCUGUGCCAUGGGAGUGAGUUCUGUGAUCCAUCCCAAGAAUCCUCACAUUCCAACCAUCCAUUUCAACUAUAGAUACUUUGAAAUUGAAGAAGCAGAUGGUCAAAAAUCAUGGUGGUUUGGUGGGGGUACAGACCUUACCCCUACAUACCUGAAUAAAGAUGAUGCUAUCCAUUUUCACAAGACCCUCAAGGAGGCCUGCGACAAGCAUGAUAAAAGCUAUUAUCCAACUUUUAAAAAAUGGUGUGAUGAUUAUUUUGUCAUCAAACAUCGUGGGGAGCGUAGAGGAGUGGGAGGCAUAUUUUUUGAUGACUUGGAUUCACCCUCAGCAGAACAGCUGUUCAAAUUUGUCCGUAGCUGUGCUAAGGCUGUGGUUCCUUGCUAUAUUCCUAUUGUGCAGAAGCAUCUACAUGAUACAUAUACAGCAGAAGAAAAAGCUUGGCAGCAACUUCGGAGAGGCAGAUACGUAGAGUUCAAUCUAGUUUAUGAUCGAGGAACAAAGUUUGGUCUUGCAACUCCAGGAUCUAGGAUAGAAAGCAUUCUGAUGUCUCUCCCACUGACUGCCAGAUGGGAAUACAUGCAUAAUCCAGCCAAGGGCACAAGAGAGGCAGAAAUUAUGGAGAUAUUGAGAAAUCCCAAAGACUGGGUCCAUUAAUUCAGAUAAACAAGACUGCCCCAUGUUUAACCUAAAAGCAGAAGAUUAUUCAUUUUCGUUUGUAAAAUAUUAUAAAAUGAAGUUAUGUGCAACAUUGAGCUUAACACAGUGACUAUAUAAUCUUUUUUUUGUUGUAUCAAGAUAAAGUGUUCGAACUGUUUCCAGCAAAAUUGGAUCACUUUUAAACAGCGUAUACAAUUGAGCUCCGUAUAAGUUAGUAUUAUCUUUUGGUUAACUACCUUUCAACUGCCAUUGGAGUUGUACAAAACUCAUUUUUAAUGACACAGUAAGCAAAGAAUGAGCAAUAGAUUUUGAGCUGUUUUCAUUGAAAGGGUAAGGAAAGUCAUAGCAUAGCCCGUCAUUAACAAUCAUUGAUCGUGGUGUACAUUCUGCCUUAACGCAGACUUUAGUCACAAUCAAGUAUGCCACCCGAAUAGAAAUCUUUUAUAUAUUGUACGUUUUGUGUCAUUUUUUUUUUAAAAGCAUGUGAAUUACCUUUUCAUAACAAUAACAUGAAGGUCAGUUUUUGACUAAAAUGCUAAUGUGUUUUUCAAAGAAUGUUUCCUUUACAUUUAGAUGUGAUAUCCUUUUUUCCCAGCAACAUUAGAGCUACAGUUUGUAUUUAUAAAAAAUUAGCAAUUGUAAAGGAGAAAGUGAAAGAUAUUUAUUUUCAGUAUGUGAUAAAUGGAGAUUUGAAGUUUUCAUAUUCUGGAAUCAGUGAAAUAAAAUCACAGUAGAACUUGAAAGUGCCAUUAUUUCAGAAACAUCGUCGUGUGCAUUUUUUUUCACUUUGGAUUUAUUGAUAUAUUGACUGUUAUGUUACUGAAAUAUUAAUUAUUUCACUGUUCCUAAUAACUUUUGCUACUUGGAUAUCAAGCUGUGUUACUCACUGAAUGUAAUAAACUUUGUCAUUCUGGUUUC